CUCUCUGCAGGAGUUUGCUGCUGCUGUGCUGCGCUGCGACCUCGCUACAAGCGUCUGGUAGACAACAUAUUUCCUGAAGAUCCAAAAGAUGGUCUUGUUAAAGCUGACAUGGAGAAACUGACUUUCUAUGCAGUUUCUGCACCAGAGAAGCUGGAUCGAAUUGGGGCUUACCUGGCAGAGAGACUGACCAGGGAUGUGGUCAGACAUCGCUAUGGUUAUGUUUUAAUUGCCAUGGAGGCACUGGACCAACUUCUAAUGGCUUGCCAUUCUCAAAGCAUAAAACCAUUUGUGGAAAGUUUCCUUCACAUGGUGGCCAAGCUUCUGGAAUCAGGCGAACCAAAGCUGCAAGUCCUUGGGACUAAUUCUUUUGUCAAAUUUGCCAACAUUGAAGAAGACACACCUUCGUAUCACAGACGCUACGAUUUCUUUGUGUCCAGGUUCAGUGCCAUGUGCCAUUCCUGUGACCCUGAUCCAGAAAUACAAAAUGAGAUCCGAAUUGCUGGAAUCAGGGGCAUUCAGGGAGUGGUUCGAAAAACAGUUAAUGAUGAGCUUCGAGCAACUAUAUGGGAACCUCAGCACAUGGACAAGAUAGUGCCAUCAUUGCUAUUCAACAUGCAGAAAAUAGAAGAUAUUGACAGCAGAAUAGGCCCCCCAUCCUCUCCUACAGCAGGAGUGAAAGAAGAAAAUCCUUCUGUGCUGGCUGAGAAUUGUUUCAGGGAACUACUGGGACGAGCAACCUAUGGAAAUAUGAAUAAUGCUGUCAGACCAGUUUUUGCGCAUUUAGACCAUCACAGACUAUGGGAUCCUAAUGAAUUUGCUGUUUCCUGCUUUAAAAUUAUCAUGUAUUCUAUACAGGCACAAUAUUCCCAUCAUGUAAUACAAGAAAUCCUUGGACACCUUGAUGUCCGCAAAAGGGAUUCACCACGAGUUCGUGCUGGCAUUAUUCAGGUUCUUCUGGAGGCAGUUGCAAUAGCAGCUAAAGGAUCAAUAGGCCCAACAGUUCUGGAGGUUUUUAAUACCUUGUUGAAGCACCUGCGCAUCAGUGUUGACUUUGAGCUGAGUGACAGGCACAGUUCAGCAGAAAGUGUCACUUUAAGCACAAGCUCCAAGGAGAAUGAUGAGAGGAUUGUCCAGAAUGCAAUUAUUCAAACAAUUGGAUUUUUUGGAAGCAAUCUCCCAGAUUACCAGAGAUCAGAGAUUAUGAUGUUCAUUAUGAGCAAAGUACCUGUUUUGGGGACAACUUCACAGUCAUUGGAUCCCAGUAACCUUGGAGAUUUGGGAACCAGGAGGAUUCAAAUCAUGUUAUUGAGAUCUUUACUUAUGGUGACUUCAGGAUACAAAGCCACAACAAUAAGUAAUGCACUUCCUCCCCCCUUUCUGGACCCAUUGCUGUCUCCUUCACUCAUGGAAGACUCUGAGCUGAGGCAGCUGGUCCUGGAAAUCCUGCACAACCUCAUUGAUCGGCACGACAACAGAGCCAAGCUGAGAGGGAUAAGAAUAAUUCCAGAUGUUUCUGAUCUAAAGAUAAAACGAGACAAGAUUUCAAGGCAAGACGUGAGCUUCAUGAAAAAGCAUGGUCAGCAGUUGUACAGACACAUAUAUUUAGGCUGCAAAGAAGAAGACAAUGUCCAAAAAAACUUUGAACUACUGUUUACAUCUCUAGCUCUUACCACAAUUGAGCUGGCCAAUGAAGAAGUGGUUAUUGACCUCAUUCGAUUAGCUAUUGCCUUGCAGGACAUUGCCAUCAUCAAUGAGGAUAAUCUGCCAAUGUUUAAUCGUUGUGGUGUCAUGGCAUUGGUUGCAGCAUAUCUGAACUUCCUGAGUCAGAUGAUUGCAGUUCCUGCCUUUUGUCAGCAUGUCAGCAAGGUCAUUGAAACCAGAAGUGUGGAAGCAGCUUAUUUUCUACCAGAAACAAUUUUCAAAGAGAAAUGCGAUCUUCCAGCAUCCUUAGAGAAGGAUGAAAAAGAUUUAUUUUUCUUGACCAACAAGAUUGCAGAAUCAUUAGGAGGCAGUGGAUACAAUGUGGAAAGAUUGUCAGUUCCAUAUGUGCCCCAGGUAACAGAUGAGGACAGACUCUCCAGGAGGAAGAGUAUUGUGGACACAGUGUCUCUUCAGGUGGAUAUUCUGUCUGGCAACAACACAGACGAUAAGGAUAAAGUAGCAGCAAAAAAAAUCACCUUUGAAGCUUUGAAGAAAGCCAUUGAAAACAAUGGACUUGAAGAACAGGAAAAGGAAAAAAGGCGUCUUGUAAUUGAAAAGUUCCAAAAAGCACCAUUUGAAGAAAUCGCAGCUCAAUGUGAAACCAAAGCAAACUUGCUUCACGAUAGACUGGCACAGAUACUGGAACUCACCAUCCGUCCUCCACCCAGCCCCUCAGGAACGAUGACCAUUACUGCUGGACAUGCUCAUUACCAUUCUGUUCCAGUCUAUGAGAUGAAGUUUCCAGAUCUUUGUGUGUAUUAAGUGUCUUCUGAAGUCUGCUGGACAUUAUUUAGAGUAGAGUACAAUAGAAAGAACAAGAUGAGUUUUCAAAUUUUAUUGUUCAUUGUAUCUAACUUUAAUAUAAUGAUGGACAUGAGCCAAAUACAGAUUAUUUUAGCCAAAUUCAUGAAACUGUUGAAUUGUUUUAUUCUGUAAUAUACUUUGAGUUAGAUUUUUCACAUACCAUGUUUCUUCAUUUUCAUAUUUGAGUACAUGUAAAAGUCAGAUUUAAAAUUUGUCUUGCUACAUAGGUAAAUAUUUCAGUUACUCUAGGAAUUUGUAUUGCUUCAGAUUCCUUUAAUUUGAGAUAUUGUAACUGAAAAGCCUAUUAAAGCCUUCUUUUUUUGUUUGG